AUGCUAGCGGGAGCUAGCCUGUUAGCUCCGUUAGCUCCAGCUGCAGAUCAGCGGCUCUACGAGGCGGUCCAGUCAGUGAUGGGUUCAGGGUCCGUCUGCGCUGUGGUUCCUACAGUUUCUUUUGUUUGUGUUGCAGGCGGGUACUACCCGGUGAAGAUCGGGGAUCUGUUCAACGGGAGGUACCAUGUGGUCAGGAAACUGGGCUGGGGACAUUUCUCUACAGUCUGGCUCUGCUGGGACUUGCAGAGGAAGCGGUUUGUGGCGUUGAAGGUGGUGAAGAGCGCUCCGCAUUACACCGAGACGGCUCUGGACGAGAUCAAACUGCUCCGAUGUGUGAGAGACAGCGAUCCUUCUGACCCGUACAGAGAAACCAUCGUCCAGCUGAUCGACGACUUCAAGAUCUCUGGAGUCAACGGAGUCCAUGUGUGUAUGGUUCUGGAGGUUUUGGGUCAUCAGCUGUUAAAAUGGAUCAUUAAGUCCAACUACAUGGGACUUCCUCUGGUCUGCGUCAAGACCAUCAUCAGACAGGUGCUGCAGGGUCUGGACUACCUCCAAACCAAGUGUAAGAUCAUCCACACCGACAUCAAGCCAGAGAACAUCCUGUUGGACGUGGACGAGGUUUACAUUAGGAAGCUGGCAGCUGAGGCCACCGUCUGGCAGAGAGCUGGAGCCCCGCCCCCUUCUGGGUCAUCAGUUAGCAUGGCUCCCAGGGAUCCACAGGUAAGUGUCCAGGUAAAAGGCUCCCCGGUGGUGAACGGAGACCCCCCCGGUGACCCCCCCGGUGACCCCCCCGGCUCCGCCGCCAGCAGCAAAGCGAGUCCGGAGUCGUCCGGCUCGUGGUUGGAGGAGCGGUGUAACGGCCACGACCCGGGCCGGUUCUCCAGACCCGCCUCGGGCCUGUCGGGCCUGUCGGGCUUCUCCAGCUCCGUGAUGUCAGCCACGUCGGAGUCGGCGCUCUCCACCCAGUCGGGGUACUCCAGCGGACGAGACCUGUUCAGUGCGUCAGACUUCGUCCUCAGUCCUCUGGAUCCUCAGAACGCCCACAAACUGCGAGUGAAGAUCGCCGAUCUGGGCAAUGCAUGCUGGGUGCACAAACAUUUCACAGAGGACAUUCAGACCCGACAGUACAGAGCUCUGGAGGUUCUGAUUGGAGCAGAGUACGGACCGCCCGCUGACAUCUGGAGCACUGCCUGCAUGGCGUUCGAGUUGGCGACGGGAGAUUACCUGUUCGAACCUCAUUCAGGUGAAGACUACACCCGGGACGAAGACCACAUCGCCCACGUCAUCGAGCUGCUCGGACCGAUUCCUCUGCCGUUCGCUCUGUCCGGCCGAUACUCCAGAGAGUACUUCAACAGGAGGGGUGAGCUCCGCCACAUCUCCAGCCUGAAGCCCUGGGCUCUGUUCGAGGUUCUGCUGGAGAAGUACGAGUGGCCGCUGGACCAGGCGGCGCAGUUCAGCGACUUCCUGUCCACGAUGUUGGAGCUGCAGCCUGAAAGCAGAGCGACGGCAGCGCAGUGUCUGCAGCACGCAUGGCUGCACACAUGACCGCCCAGCUGAUCACACACACACACACACACACACACACGUUGUGUUUAGGACUGUAGACAUCUGUUGAUUUCACGUGUCACGGUCUGAUAUUUGCUCAGUUUGUUUAUUUUGGCUCUUUAAACCGUUUAUCUGUUUUUUCUGAUUCUGCUUAAUUCUGUCAGUUCUUUUUGACUUUUGGUUGAGUUGAUAUUGAACUGCCUCCUUCUUAUGUCCCUUUAUGAAGCCUUCUUUGUUGAUUAUUUUCCAGAGACUUCUCAGACUCCUUACCCUCCCAGAUGAGUUUUGAUCUAGACAAGCACACUGUAGCGUCCUCUAACGGACUCUGAUCUCUGUAGCUCAACCUGACUCACCUCCGACCUGUUCACCUCUUUCUGUGGUCAUAAUAAAUAAAUAGUGCCUUGAAUUCCCCGCCCGCUGCUCCAGUCACAGUGACAUCAGUUUUUUUUUUUUUUUUUUACAUGUGUCCGUUUUGUGGAUCGUUUUUUCUUCUGUGAAAAUAAAGAUGACUGAACGCUCGUC